CAUUUUUCAUCUUAGUCAUCGAUCGACAUUUUGUAAUAUUCUUGCGCAGUAAACAAAAACAACAUUGUGACUAAAGAUCACGUAUUUUUUAACAAAUCUCAAGUCAUUGAUACACAGAAUUAAGUUUUUCGAAGAUAUAGUUAUCAACUUUAUAAUAUGGGCUGCAUUAUAGGCUCCCUUGCCUGCUGCUGUGGAAGUGCAGCCUGCAGUUUGUGCUGUGCAGCAUGUCCAUCAUGCAAAAACUCCACAGCUGCCAGACUUGGCUACUCUCUUAUGUUAAUAAUGGGAGCAGUAGUUGCCUGUAUAUUUUUGGCACCAGGACUUCGUGGUACACUAGAUGAUAUACCAGGCCUAUGUAAGAAUUGGGUAGAUACAAAGAUUCCUGGAACAAGUUGGGAUGUAUUUAAACAGAACAACGCCACUGAGAAGAAAGAAUGGUGUGAUAGUGUUGUUGGGUACCUGUCAGUGUAUAGGAUUUGUUUUGCCAUGGCAGCGUUCUUCUUUCUGAUGGCACUUAUAAUGAUAGCAGUCAAGUCAUCGAAGGAUCCCAGAUCAGGAAUUCAGAAUGGAUUCUGGUUCUUUAAGAUCAUAAUCCUGAUUGGAAUCUGUGUUGGAGCAUUCUUUAUUCCUAGAGGGGAAUUCGGAAAAGCAUGGAUGUACAUAGGUCUGAUUGGAGCGUUCUUGUUUGUGUUGAUCCAGCUUGUCCUAAUUAUUGACUUUGCACAUGGAUGGGCAGAAAGCUGGGUAGAGAAAUACGAAGAAACUGAAUCCAAAUGUUACUAUUUUGGGUUGCUGUUUUUCACUGUUGUGUUUUAUAUCAUGGCCCUAACAUGUGUUAUACUGUUCUACGUCUUUUAUGCCAAGGGUGACUGUCACCUACACAAGUUUUUUGUCAGUUUUAACCUGAUAUUGUGUAUUGCUGUAUCUGUUCUGGCCAUUCUACCAAAGAUCCAGGAAGUGAACCCCAGAUCUGGACUUCUCCAGGCUGCUAUUAUCUCCAUCUAUGUACAGUAUCUGACCUGGUCAGCCAUGACAAACAAUCCAGAAAGAGAGUGUAACCCAAGUUUGACAGCCAUUACUGGAGGGUCUAAACCAGGAGACAAACAACAGAUCUGGACUGGGGACACCUUUGAUUGGCAGAGUAUUAUUGGACUCUUUAUCUGGCUCUUUGCUGUUCUCUACUCUAGUAUUCGUACGUCCAGUAACAGCCAAGUAGGAAAACUAACCAUGUCUGAGAAAACUAUCCUACAGUCCGACAAUGGACGGGAAGGACUUUUGAAUGGAUCUGAUGACACAGGCAAAGAUGCAGAGAAGGGUGGACAGCAUGUCUAUGACAACGAGGAAGAGGAAGUGGCAUACAGCUAUAGCUUCUUCCACUUUAUGUUAUGUCUGGGAUCUCUCUAUGUCAUGAUGACCUUGACAAACUGGUACAGUCCAAGUUCUGACUUUAAGACACUGAAUGCCAACAUGCCCUCAGUUUGGGUGAAGAUUUCAUCAGCUUGGGUCUGCAUUGGUUUGUAUGUCUGGACCCUGAUUGCUCCAAUAGUCCUCAGAAACAGAGAGUUCAGUUAAAGAUAGACUGUCUUUAAAAUGAUUAUUGGAAUGGAAAUUUUGUGAAUUAUUUAUAGUAACUGGAUUAAUAUAUCACUGUACAUAAUGAUAAAUGAUAAACCACCUAAACUAAACAACAUUUUUGUUAAUUUUUGUUUGAUAUAAUGUUAAUAACAAAAUGUCUGAGAGGAUUUUUCCAUAGAUGAUUAUAAAAUUGAAGGAAUUUGGUGUUGAUAACUACAAAUUCAGAACUAUUUCGGUAAAAAUGUUUUCCAUAUGUAGCUAUGUAGUAAGGGUUAUAUUGAUAGUAUAAAAUGUGCAACCUAGCUGGCCUGGGAAGAUCUUAGGUUUUCAUCCGUAUGAAUCAGUUAGUGUCUUUUAUAAAAAAACAUUUGUGUUAUAUAAAUUAUCUAUGGAAAAGUCUAUGAUAAGAUACUUGCUUGAAUAUUAUUUUGCUCUUAUUUUUUUAAAGAACAUUUGUAAUGAUAAUGUUUCCUCAAAUCUAGAAAAAUAUUUAGUUUCCAAUUGCACAAUAAAUGUUUCACUAUAUAAGAUUAAUGAUAUUUGAAUUUUAGUCAUCAAAGAACAAAUUUAUGUGACAUCCCUUAUUAAAUUUAUCUCUCAGUUAUUAAUCACAGUUAUUAAAGAAAAAUGGUAUAGGCAUUUAGGCAUAAAUUUUUUUAGCUGUGAUGACUUGAUAAAAAAAUGAUAACUGUGUUAUAUUUUAAAUAUGAUUAUUAACAUGAACUGGGAAAUAAAAAUGGGAAUGGUUAUUAUUUACUGCCUCAAGUUGAGAAAAGUGAAUUCAAGUUAAGAAAAGUGAAAUGCUUGUUAGUUGUUAUUUUUAAUGUAAUUGUGUAUGAUAUAUAUAUUUGUUGCUUCUGUAAUUAUUUUUAUUGUAAAAUUUUAUUGUGAAUUAUAAAUGUAUCAAGGAAACUUUCAUCAAAAUUUAAUAAAAUUUUUCAUAUAUUUAUUAGAUAAAUAUUUGUUCUUUCCAUAAAAAGAUUCAAGUGCUGUAAAGGUUCAUUUUAGUCUGUUUAUUUUGAUUAAAUCAAUGAACAAAUGGAAAAAAUUUAACAGUAUCAGGUCAUUUUUUGUUUUAUAAAAAUUCAAGACAUGUGUGGAUCAAAAAGAUAAUAAUAUUUGUUAGACGGUCUAGUUCAACAAUCUACUUCUUUUGUACAAAUAUUUUUGGUAAGUGUUCACACUCAGUGUCUUAAGACAGACAUGAAGCUACAUACUUUUUAUUUACAUCCAUAAUUUACAGAGAAGAUGACAGAUGAAUAUAAAGAUAAUGCUUAUAUGUUUUAUGAUAUUAUUUUCACUGAAUAUGACAAAUAUUUUGUUUUUAUUUUCCUGAAAUAUAUCUUGUUCUUUCAAUUAUGAACUCAACUCAUAACAGUAUAUAUACUGAUGUUACAAAUUUGCUUCGCUUAUGAAAAAAUAUUUGGUGUACACAUUCUUUUAGAAUAAAUGUUGAUUUUUUA